AUGGCGGACCCGUCAAACACCGCCUCAGCCUCCAACGAGGCCUCAAAGGCCGCAAAGCCCGCGCCGAAGCCGCAGAACCCAGCCCUGAAAAUGAUGGGCCUCCCAAACAUCCGCCUCAAACUCCCCUCCCGCAACUGGCUCAUCUUCCUCACAAUCACCGGCUCCUUCACCGGCGCGCUCCUCUACGACCGCCGCGAGAAGCGCCGCGCCCAGCAAAAAUGGUGCGAGCUCGUCGCCCACAUCGCAAGGGAGCCCCUCCCCGUCGAAGAGUCCCGCCGCAAACUCACCGUCUUCCUGGCCGCGCCGCCGGGCGACGGGCUCCGCUCUGCACGCGAGCACUUCAAGGAAUACGUCAAGCCGAUUCUUGUGGCGGCCGCGCUGGACUAUGAUGUUAUUGAGGGGCGGCGCGAGGGAGAUGUGCGUGCGAAGUUUGCCGAGGAGAUUAGGAAGGAGAGGAGGAAGAAUGGGGAGCUUAGUGUUGUGUCUGUGGCUGGGGCUGGUGAGGAUGGCGUUAAGUCCAAGGAGGAGGUUAUUGCGGAGGCGCGGAGGGCGAUUGGGGUUAGGGAUGAGCCCGGGCCACGCGGGGAUCUGGUUAUCGGGCGGCAUACGUGGAAGGAGUAUGUUCGGGGUUUGCACGAGGGGUGGCUUGGGCCGAUUGAUCCGCCGCCCGCGCCGGAGCCGGAGAGCGUGACGGCGCUCGAGGAGCCGCGGGUUCCCGCCGUUGAGGCGCCAGAGCAAGCAGAGCAAGCGCAAGAACCAGCAGAAGAGAAGAAAGACGAAGAAAAGAAAGAAGAGAAGAAACCCGCCGGCCCGACACCCGCCUACGUCUCAACAGCCGACUACCCCAGCCAACCCCUCCCGCCCUCAAUCCCGCAGACCCUCGACGGCUCCGCGCCAAUCCCCUUCCCGCACCUCCUCGGCUUCCUCAACACCCCCAUCCGCAUCUACCGCUUCCUGAACCGCCGCUACGUCGCCGACUCCGUUGGCAGGGACGUCGCGGCGCUUGUGCUUGCUUCACAGGCUCGCCCGUACACGGAAGGUCCUGUCUCAGACAACUCAGACUCUGAUAGCCCCGUCGAUGUAUCGGGAACAACAGCCUACGAGCAACAGACGCAGCUCGCACACGAAGAGCGCGACUGGCAUAAAUCCGUGCAUAAGACGGAUGAGGCGAACCCGGAUAAGGAGCGCGAGUGGUUGGGUGAUGUUGUUCUGGACCCCCGCGUUGCGGGCCGGAUGCAGAGGUAUGUUCUCUCCGGGGAAGAGGAGGCCCGGGCGCAGCGUAUUGCGGAGGGCGUUGAGUAUAUCCGUGGUGAGGAGAGGCCGCCUCAUGUCUCCAUCUGGCAGCGGGUGUGGAUUAAGUAUGGUUAUGGAGAAGAUCCGGAGGUUGCGAAGAGGAAGCCCAUCUAUGGGAACAUUGAUGAGGAGAGUGCGUGA